UGCUUGCUAGUGGACAAUUUUAUGUUUGAAUGUAAAUAAGUUAACUACAAAAAUACCGUAAAACAAACUUUUUAGAUCUUGGAUUCCAUCAUCGACAUCAAAGCCAGAAAAUACGACGAUUGUAAACAGAACUUUGGUGAGAUGAGAAUGGCAGUGAUCCGCAUAGUGAGUGAGAUACGAAGAAAAUUCUCGAUCGGUAUUUUAGUCAUGCCGCGGUGUGCAGUGAAUGUGUGCCAAAUAACCUCCGGAGAGGCAAAAAAAAGUGAAAAUUUAAUCAGCUUCCACUCGUUUCCAAAAGAGCCCACGAAGCGGGCUAAAUGGCUCAAGUUUUGUGGAAUCAUGAAAGAUCCUGGUACAGUAUUGUACGUUUGCUCCCAACACUUCAACCCGGAUGCAUUCGCGACAAAUGCCACCAUUAAACGCGAUUUAAUCAGCUGUGGCCGGAACAUUUUGGUUAAAGAUGCUAUUCCUUCAAUUCGUACCGUGGAGGUGGGCAGUUCUACAGACCGUUGUAAACGUUAUCGUCGCAAAGAACAAAAAGCACUAGUUGCACAGUUACUGCAAGAAUACGACGAGUCGACAGUGGGACGCGAUGAUAAUAUUGCCGGUGCAGAAAAUGCAUCCGUAGACUGUGCAAUCGAAGACCCUUCAGAUACGGUUCGUGGCUAUUCAAACAUGGAUGUACUGCUUGAAGCAAUUGAAUUAGCUGUACCAAUACCACUUGAUCGAAUUUCAACAAACCAGCUGGCGUGCAGUGAGUUUGAGGAUAUCAGAAUUGGCGAUACCUUGGAAGACUCUGGAUGCCAAGAUGUUCUCAACUCCACUUUGCUCGAAGACGUUGAGACAGUUCCAAGCAACAAAUCGGAGAAAAUAACCACGAAACGUAGUAAGAAGUUGGACUACCUGGAGGGAUUGGCUCGAAGAAGAAAAGCUAAAAUAAAAUUGCUCCAGAAUCAGGUACCACAGCAAACCUGCCUAUGAGUUACUUCGGAAGGAAUUCCAUUAUCCAUUGCCGUGUGUUCGCAGUUUGCAAGAAUGGGCGUCAUGUAUCCAAAUGAGAAAAGGUGUGUUGGAAGACGUACUGACUCUUUUGAAAAUCGCCGGAAGUCGUUUCACUGAUCGAGAAAGAGUUACAGUUCUCGUUUAUGAUGAGAUGUCUGUGGAAAGCACGGUUGAACUAGCCAAACGGAACGAUGACGUGAUUGGACCUCAUUCAGAAAUGCAGCUCGUGAUGGCGAGAGGAUUGUUCGCUCAGUGGAAGCAACCCAUUUUCGUAGAUUUCGACAGAAAAAUGACCAAAUCUCUACUCGAUGACCUUGUUUCUCGUUUGAGCGAUAUAGGAUUCACUGUAGUCGCAAUUGUACACGACUGUGGUGGCGGAAAUUUGGGUGUUUGGAAGGAAGCUAGUGUGAAUCACGAAACAGGUCAGACAUCAAUGAAGCACCCAGUUUCUGGCGAGGAUAUCUUCU